CACGGACACUCACCACCUACGCGUCAACCUCGCUCGCCCUCCUUCGUCAUUACGCCUCGAUCGAUUCAUUCGCCAGUCGUCACCUCGCCGCAUGGCUGCCACAGCGCUCAUAGCACUCGCCACAUGGAGCACACGAGCCGCCCGCUGACCAAGCGCCCCCGCGCGUCGCUGGCCUGCAAUGCGUGUCGUCAGACCAAGUCCAAGUGUGAUGGCAACCGGCCGACGUGCGAGCGCUGCGCCAAGUGCAACGCCGAGUGCGUCUAUACGCAGAGCGGCCGCGACAAGCGCAUGGACCGGCAAGAGGAACGGAAAGCCAACAUGGCCCUAAGGAGCCGCGUCAAGGAACUCGAAGCCCAGCUGGCCGCCGCCGGCCUCGGCACGCAGGCCGCGGAUACUCCCGCCUCGGCCUAUCCCCCGGUGCAGCCGCUCGACCACGACAAGUCGCCCGGCCAGACGAGCCACGGCGGCUUCUCCGACGUCGGUAGCAAGGCCACGGCCCAGACGCCAGAGUCCACGGCCGACGCCAUCGCCACCGGCCUCUUUGACCACCCCCCGGUUGUCGACAUUGGCUAUUUUGGCUCGAGCUCCAACCAUGCCUUCUUCUGGUCUCUCUCCGCCAGUAUCGAGAAUGUGAGCCACCGGAGCACCGUGCGGUACCAGGAACCGUCCAGACAGAGUCAAGCCGCCCACGCAGACGAGGCUUCACGUGCUCCCCCACUUCCCAUGCUCCCGCCGUCGACCUACCGCAACCUUCAGCCUGACAACGACUCCUUUCCUGGCCGUGCCUUGGCCGUCGAGUGGACGACGCGCUUCUUCGACACUGUAGGCUCCGUCCUGCCCUAUCUCAGCGAAUCGCAGGUGCUCAGAGAGAUCGACGUCAUCGACGCGCGCGAUCAGGGCUGGCAAAUGGCGCCGAGGUCAUCGCAGGCCCUACUCAGCAUCGUAUUUGCCCAGGCGCUGCAAACACUCGACGAUCGGUCUCCAGAGCCGUACUACCGUAGGGCGCUCGGCUUGCUGGACGAAAAGACGCUGUACAUCCCUACCGUCGACUCACUGCAAGCCUUGCUGCUGCUCGCAAGCUUUCAGCAAAACACGCAGAGGUCGAUGGAAAGCUGGGUGCCGCAUUACUUGGCCGUGCGUGUGGCCUACCAGCUUGGCAUCCAUGCGCCUGCGUCGUACGAGUACCUAGCCUUCCAAGACAAGGAGAUCCGAUCACGCCUGUGGUUUGCUGUCGUCAAUCAGGAUAGAAUCUUGACCGCUGGUCUCGCCCGUCCUUCCCUAAUUCCCUUGCAACACGUUCGCAUGGACCUUUUGGAGCUCCUUGACCCGGCGCGUCCGAGCAGAGCAACGGAUGGGUCAUGCUCGCGGGAAAGCCUGGUCUACUUUCGACAUCUCACGGCAUUGCACGAGAUUCUAGGGGUCACCGUCGACUCGCUCUACAGCUCCAAUAUCAGUUCCUCUCACCGACUGGCGCUUGGCGAUCUGGUGGCCAGGACCAUUGACCUCUCGUGGAAGCUAGAGCAGUGGCGAGACGGCAUCGCACCACCCGGCGUCAUGACCUCCAACGCCGAUUUUAGCAUGUACUCGGCGGCUGCCAUGGACCAAGAACGCUACACAAUACUGCUGUCCAUGUUCCAUUUUCGCGCCAUGAUGCUCAUCCACGGGUCGCUGCUCAUGAGAGUCCUGGAGCGCAUAACGAGCACUGGUGAGACCGCAUCUUCCGGCGUAUUGCAGGAUGCCGCCUUGUCACUCCUCAAAAACUACCUGUGGGCCUUGCGAGAGUGGUUGCAGCUCAUCACUAGUCUAUUGCAACACAGGCGGGUAUUUCUGAACUGCAAUGCCGUGUGGUGGACUUGCAACUACAUGAUGCUAUCAACCAGCAUCCAUUCCUUUGCUUUUUGGCUGCUCGCAGCCAACUUGAGAUUCAGCAUUGGGACGAUAGGCAUCACGACGCCAGACGCGGAGGCAAUGCUCAGAACCAGCCUUGAUACGCUGCGAACGCUGGGUGGCACCAGCAUCAUGAGCCGCAAGGCGCACCGCUGCCUUCACCGCUAUCUCAGUUUUCUCAAGAAUAUCGCGUUCGGCGUCGACGACCAGGCCCAUGAUGCGGCGCUCACAGUCGCACCAGCACCGGGGGUUGUUGAGUGGUCUCAGCCAACCCCUGCCAGCGCCAAUGGACUUCCGCAGGCAUUCCGGCCAGAGGUUAUCUCGAGUUGCAUCGAUGACAUGUUUGGAGCCGUCGGCCAAGAGGAGUUUAUGGGUACCGGUUUUCUCUCUGUGGGCCAGCACGAGGGCAUCAGCGACUUCGAUGCAGCAGGGUUCAUCUGAGGUGCCCGUGCUGUCCAUGGCCUCGCUCCAUCACCCUCCCACUACCUCUCGAUUCCAGGGGGCUCUUGUUGGUUGAGAUGACUGAACAGCGCUUCAAAUCGAUCC